UCGCAGGCCAUGUGGUCAUCGACAGAAGAGUCAAGAGCAAGACAGCGAGGAAGGCGAGCAGCACUUGCACUCAAGCGGCUCGUCUUCCCGUCAAGCCUUUCGAUCUGUUCAUCGCUGCAUGCUCUCUCUCUUGCCGCUGAUGCUGCGCUGACCAGCCUACAUAUGACGCAGCGUCGCUGGGCGAUCCUACACGAGCUACUGCGAUGGCUUAUCGCAUUUUUCCCCUCUGUCUCGCAACGAUCCGACCGGCGAGCCAUUCCAAUGCUUGCCUUUGCAAUACUCGCUUUCGCCGGCUGCGUACUGGCAGCAAGCGAGCAGUCGAGUGCGUUUGCUAUCCACGAUACAGCCCGUCAUGUGCCGAAGGCGUGGAAGCCCGUCGCAAUGGACACAGCAACGCGCAACGGUCAAGUCCAUCGCUUGCACUUUGCACUCCGUCAGAGCAAUCUCGCCAAGCUCGAAGCAGAGACGACGAGACGCAGCGACCCGGUUCAUGCUGAUUAUGGCAAGUACUUGUCGCCGGACGAGAUCAACGGCUUGAUCGCUCCGUCGUCAAGCACGGUCGCUGCCUUUGAGAACUGGCUCGCUAGUCAUGGCAUCGAUCGAUCAAGUAUCGGCUACAACAAGGCAAAAGACUGGGCGCAUAUCGACCUGAAGCCCGAUCGUGUCGACAAGAUGCUCAACACCAAUCUGGAAGCUUACAAGCAUUCCAAGACGGGCGAGACGAUUCUACGUACUUCGGCGUACUCGCUGCCUUUGUAUCUGCAUGAGUAUGUCGAUGCUGUACAACCAACGACCUACUUCGGACUCGGCCGUGCCGGUAGGAAGCUCGCCGACGAAUCGGCGCAGCAUAGUGAUGUCGACCCUCGGACGCUUGAUAAGCGCCAUCCUGACAGUCUCAGUCGAAAGCCCAGCCGUGAGCCUCAGACUUCGACGAAGAACAUUCGCUCCGCUUAUACACCGAGCAAGGCCCCUCCAUCCUGUCCUGCUGAUGCCGACAUCUACAACCCUGAUUACGUUGUGCAUCGAGACUGCCUACGAAGCUUCCUUCGGGUAGACACAUACCAGGUCAAAAGCAGAUCCACGGAGCCCAAAGCAGGCGUUGUCGGGUUUGACGGAUUUGUUCCUGCGCCAGUGGACUUCAGAAAUCACAGUCUGCACGAGAUUGGGCCGGAAGCAUGGCAUUACACCUACGAUCUUGUCUCGAUCAACGGCGGCUCGACAGUCUUAGAUCUCGCUACUGACAAUAUCGAGCCCUUCCUCGAUGUCGACCAGGUCGCCAAGAUCAUCUGGCCUUUACGUCAGGUCUAUUAUACGAUCGGUGGUCUGAUAGGCAAGAAUGAUUUCCGUCCAUCGGCAAACUCACCGACGCCUGACUUAGACGAGCCUUGGUUUUCGGGGAUGACGGCGCUGUUCGAUCACGCGAAGGUACCAAAGGUUCUCGCUGCUUCAUAUGACGACGAUGAGCGGACUUUCCCACCUAUGCUUGCUCAACGAAUCUGUGCCAUCUUCACAGCAUUCGCUGCUCGGGGGGUGAGCGUCAUAGUCGCCAGCGGUGACUAUGGACUGUCCGGUGGCGCCGGUUCCUGCACGUCUGCAGAUGGCAAAAGCGAAGAGCUUGUUCCUGGCUUGCCUGCAAGCUGUCCAUUUGUCACCAGCGUAGGCGGCACGGAGCUCUAUGAUCCGGAAAGGGUUGCCGGCACUCACAUUGUCGGCACAAAUCUGACAGCUUGGAUGAGCGGGGCUGGCAUAUCAAACUACUUUGAGCGACCUCAGUAUCAGCGAAGCGCUGUCGCAGCGUACAAGGGCGCCAGCGUUCCAGAAAAUAUCAAAUGGAGUAAGACUGGAAGAGCCAGUCCUGACGUAUCGAUCACGGCGACCAAGUCGGCAGUGUGGGCGGGAGGGCAGGAAUUCCUCGUUGGUGGCACAUCGAACGCAGCGCCCACCUUUGCCGGACUCGUGGCCUUGCUCAACGAUGCACUUGAAGCAGAAGGCAGACCUUCCAUGGGCUUUCUGAACCCUUGGCUCUACCACGUCGGAAAUUCAGCAUUUCGCGACAUCACUGUUGGUGCUAGCUAUGGGUGCGGACCCCAUCACAGCUCUGCAAAGUUUGCUGCUACGCCAGGAUUUGACUUGGCGACUGGCUGGGGAACGCCAGAUUGGCCCUCACUUCUUUCGGCUGCGCUUGCAAGCGGUCCCAGAUCAGUCUGCCUGAGCAAAGCAGUAGGCAAGAGCAAGGCCGUGUGCAAAGCGAUCAGCAUUGUUCAGGACGGUAGAGAAGCGGUUCCAAUUACCGAAGCUGGGCGAUCGAUUGCAUGCUAGCCGAAGCGCUGAAGCACAGGAUGCAUCUGAAUACAAGCGGACGUGCAGUCAUAGGCUGAUCGAUUGACUGAGGGCGUCUAGCCGUUGGAUGAGGUUGUUAUUCUUCGCCAACAAUGUAUACAGAGGCUUGAACCGAAUCUUUAUCGACGU